GUUCCUCGCGUCUCAUUUCCUUCACAAAAAAUGUUACACCUUCGGUCCAUCGCUGGCGUUGCGCAGGGCGCAGUCAAAGCCUCACAGCCUUUUAGAACCUACGCGUCUGCGGCGCCAACUGCUGCUUUUGCUGGAAAUAAGGGUAGUAAUGGCAAAUAUACCGUGACUUUAAUUCCUGGAGAUGGUAUUGGUCCAGAAAUCAGUGAAUCUGUCAAAAAUAUCUAUGCUGCCGCCAACGUUCCAAUACAGUGGGAAGAAGUCAGCGUUGAGCCAGUGUUGAAAGGUGGAAAGACGGUCAUUCCUGAUGCCGCCAUUCAGUCCGUGAAGAAGAAUACUGUUGCCCUGAAAGGACCUCUUGCCACACCUAUCGGAAAGGGACAUGUGUCACUGAAUCUUACCUUGCGACGAACUUUCAACCUUUUCGCGAACGUCCGUCCAUGUGCUUCCAUCCAGGGGUUCAAGACUCCUUACGAUGACGUGAACACUGUUCUUAUUCGUGAAAAUACCGAGGGCGAAUAUUCGGGUAUUGAACAUGAGGUAAUAGAUGGUGUUGUUCAGUCCAUCAAGCUUAUUACAUGGGAUGCGUCGGAACGCGUAGCCCGUUACGCCUUCCACUAUGCGCAAUCCAGUGGAAGGAAACGAGUGACUGCAGUACACAAAGCUAAUAUCAUGAAAAUGUCAGAUGGUAUGUUUUUGUCAGCUUGUCGCCAAGUUUCGAAAGAUUUCCCGGAUAUUACAUACGAUGAGGACCUAUUGGAUCGUGUCUGCCUCCAGGUCGUGCAAAACCCGCAACCGUACUCCAAUCGUGUUAUGGUGAUGCCGAAUCUGUACGGUGAUAUUUUGUCCGACAUGUGUGCCGGUCUUAUCGGUGGUUUGGGUCUGACACCUUCUGGCAAUAUCGGGCGGGAUGCUUCAAUCUUUGAAGCAGUCCAUGGUUCUGCUCCGGACAUCGCAGGAAAGGGAUUAGCUAAUCCGACUGCUCUACUUUUGUCUUCGCUGAUGAUGCUAAGACACAUGAACCUAUACGAGCACGCUGCCAAAAUUGAAAAGGCUGCUCUCACCACUAUUGCCGAAGGGAGGAACAUCACCGGUGAUCUGGGCGGCAAAGCCAGCACCAAAGAGUAUACCGACGCGAUUAUUCAAAAAGUCUUGAAGGCAUAACGAUGCUGCAUACGUAUUCGGAAUGUAGAUGUAGAUCUCGUGUAUUGCAAUAGGUGCUAGACAGUUAAUAGCGUUGUAGAGCCGACCUAUAUGCUGCAAGGACUACGUACAAAAUUGUGCGCGGUAGACCAUUACGUAAUUUGAUCCGUGGUGAGGUG